AUGCACGGGAUUGAGCACAUUGCAGCAGGAAAUGGGUUUACGCUGGUAGCGGCGCGUGAUGGAUUGUACGGGUGCGGAACCACUGCCCGAGGCCAACUCGGCAUCCAAGGGCGCGAUACGCUCCUUAGUAUGACCCAGAUCCCUCUGCCGCGCCCUGCAGCACGUAUCACAGAUCUUUCCGCGGGAAUGGAUCACGUCCUGCUGCUGCAAGACGCGAGUGUAUUUGCAACAGGACUUAACACUGACGGCCAGCUCGCAAAGCCUGCCGUGAUUCCGUACGCGACACAAUUCACACACGUGGCACUGCCCGAGGGUGUAUUGCCCACGCGCGUCAUUGCCGGCGGCGAUACGUCCAUGGUACUCACUUCGUCGGGGAACGUUUUUGUUUGGGGAAAUACCGAGUACGGUCAAGCGCUGCAGGCAGCGACUGUUGAUCAACUCCGCACGCCAACCGAGGUGGACGUCGGAAUUUCCGUUGUGGAUGCGUGCCUCGGCGGCAGUUUUCUUCUCUUCUUAGACGAUUGCGGCACAUUGCACACUGCUGGCUACGGAGCGAUUGGCUACGAAGCGCCAAGUACCAUGCUGCUGCGGCCGCUCGCCCUGCCGGAAAAAGUCACAUGCAUUGCCGCGGGGCUUGACUAUGCUGCGGCGGCGACAGACGCAGGCAAUGUGUACGUCUGGGGCAUCGUGCAUGGCGAGCCUGGCGACACACACCUCUGCCCUGAGCAUGUUGCCGUGCCGUUUGACGGUACGCGGCCGCGUCGCAUCACCGAUCUUGCUUGCGCGCGCGGAGCGCUGCUGGUCCUUGGUGAGAAGCAUUUAUAA